UGCGUAACAUGUUGUCAUGUGCGAGAGCGAUUAAGCCUGUCCGUAAAAUGAAGAUUUAAGAUUUAAAAAAAACCCAACAACAACAACAAGAAGUAGAAUUGUGAGCAACUUGGUUUCGCAAAGAUUGCGUUUUAGUCGGUAACUUAGGGUUGGCCUUUUCUGUGCAAUCAAAUUUUGACUUGUUUUACAAUGGGAGACCACAGCCCACCUCGUUUGUUGUUAAUACUUCUAUUCGUUAUAGUUUAUGCUAUUGCUUUGGCCAUUAACGCUCUGGCAGGGUCUGGGAAAGGUCCAUUCCUGCAUAACACAGGGAAUGUGUCUGGUAAAUAUGAGACCGAAAUCACCCCAGCGGGAUGGGCUUUCUCCAUUUGGGGAAUCAUAUACACUUGGCUCUUGAUCAUGGUUGUGUAUGUCCUCACAUGGCUUUGCAGAAGAACUCCCAGUGGCUGGAUGUACUGCAGCCCAGCUCUCCUUCCCGCUGGAUUCUUCCUCGCCUGGAUCUGUAACAUGGUUCUCAACAUGACCUGGCUUGUCCUAUGGGACAGAGAGCAGAUUAUAUCUGGUCUGAUAGUCUUGGCACUCACUGCCUUCUCCAACUACCUGCUCAUCUUCUUCUCCUGCCGAGGCCUCAGUGAACACGGCACCUGGCUGCAGCAGCACUACCCCAGAGACCUGUGGUGCAUCAGGAUACUAGUCCAGAAUGGCAUUGCCAUAUACACCACAUGGACCACUAUAGCUACUCUCAUCAAUCUCACCAUAGUGAUGGAUCUAUCUGGGGUUUCAAAGACAAAUGCUGCUACAGUCUCCCUCUGCUUUCUCCUGAUUGAGGUCCUUUUGUGGUUUGUCCUGGAGAACUUUGUGAUUGACAGGCAUGUGCGACACAUCCUCACCAUUUAUCCAGUGGUGAUUUGGGCUCUAGCUGCUAAUGUGUACAGACACUUUGACCCCGAGGAACCCGGACGGAAUGCUAAGUUUACAGUUGUCCUCCUGGUGUUGUCCUGUGUGCUGUUUGCAUUUCGAGUCGGACUGGUCAUAUGGAAAAGAAGGAAGAAUCCUCUGAUAUAGUGUGGUGUGGAGUUGAUUAUUAAUUAGUAUAUAUUAUACCAGGGCUGUAACGAUACACUCAACUCACAAUUCGGUUCGUAUCACGAUUUUUUAUUUUUGCCUAUGGUGCGAUACACCCCACAAUUUCACAUUUGCUAACAUUAUAAAAUAAAAUUAUGAAUAAAAACUAUGAUCGUUUAUAGGUAGAGUGGUUUACAAGAGGCUAGUAAUAUUUUUUAAGUUUAAAUAUAAUAAUGAUGAUGAUUUUAAGCUAUCAUCUAUCAUCAUCUUUUCAUAUCAUGUGAUUGGUCUGAUGGGUAACAAAACUUUGAAAGGGCGUAUCAUAGGGCAGUCAUGGAUAAGCGAUUAGUGCGUCAGACUUGUUGCCGGUGGUUGCUGGUGCGCCUCCCGACCCGCCAGGUUGGUGGGGGGAGUAAUUAACCAGUGCUCUCCCCCAUCCUCCUCCAUGACUGAGGUACCCUGAGCAUGGUACCGUCUCGCCGCACUGCUCCCUUGGGGCUCCCUUGCAGUUUCGUUGUGUGCAGUGAACACUUGUGUGCUGUGGAGUGCUAUGUUGGAGAUUCGCAGGUGGGCUUUCACUUUCACGAUACUGCCUCCUUGUAUAGCGAUACAGUACCGUGACUCUGUGUAUCACGAUUUCUCAGUUCGAUACAAUAUCGUUACAGCCCUAGUAUAUAGUAUGGAGUAUUAUUAAAGUGGGUGAGGCUUUUUUUUAUUCAGGAUCAUUCCUUUACACUAAUUAUAUUGUGGAUGCACUAGUUGGAAGACAUUUCCAGGGUUACAGGUAGGGUUGGCUGUCAAAGAGCAUCUAAGAUUAACUAAAAAAGUACAGUCUGUCUAUGAUGGCUGAUGAUCUUGAUGGUUCAAACAUGCUUUGGUUAACCCAACGCAUGGGUUAAAAGGGCACCAGUGGCAACUUUUGUGUAACCCAGCCAUGUAACCAAAUAGUGUGAAACCUAUUUUGCCAGGCUUCCUAUGGUAUACUCUGUGGAGUAGCUUGUGCACACAUAUCAGAAACACAUACCGUACAGUAGAAACAUGCUAUACAUUACCAAAUGUUCCAUACAGUAUUUUAUAAUCUCACAAAAACUCUAUAUUUGUUACUAACGUACACGUAUACUGUACGCACUGACACCACUGUUACAAUACAAAACCGUACAAUAGAAACGUGCUAUACAUUUGUUACCAAAUGUUCCAUAUACAGUUUUUUUUAAAUCUCACAAAAACUCUAUAUUUUGUUACUGACACAGACGUAUACGCACUGACACCAUUGUUACAACACAAAACCUGAGACAGUUGACUGUUUCUCUUGCUUUGAAAUACCUUGGUAUUAAAAUGUAUAUUCUGUCACUAUUAUUAUUAUCAUCAUUAUUGAAACACUUAAUAAAUAAUAUGCACAGCAGGGUUGUGUCUGUAAAAACUAAUUUUGUAUGAGGUUUUUGGCAGGCUGACUAGAUCUGGGAAAGAUGGGAGCAGAAUGCUGUGAUGAGUUGUAGGGAUGCACUGAUACCUGCCUCUUACGAUACUUGCUCAUUAUACUCAUACUCGUCAAGCACAUGCCGAUACCAGGCAACGAUACUGUUAUUACACGAAACAUCGCAACAUCUCAUCAUGUGCCAUUGACUUGAAGCAGCAUGGGGAAAAAUAUCUGCCUCAUACAUUUACUAACAUUUAAAUUUACAAUGGAAAUGGACAAUAAAACAAAUAUCACAGGGGGGAAAAACAAGGCUGUGCACUUAUUUUCAUGGUAUGUUGGGGAUGCUGACCCCUGAGGAAGAUCAGUAGACUGAAAGCUUGGCUUAUUAAAAAGAACACAAAGAGGAUUUCAGUGUGCAGACAUUUUUCUUUCUAUCGUAUGUUGGGGGUAAAAUUACCGGUAUCGGUAAUGACAAGUACUGACAUUAAUUUACUCAUACUCGUAUUGGCUUUCAAAAAAAGUGGUAUCGUGUAUCUGUAAUGAGUUGCCUUUCCUGUGCAGUGAGAAGUGGGAGGUAGGUUUCCACUGCAUAGCGCAGGUCAGGUCAGUCUGGCUAUUCCCCUGCCGUACCCAUGAUCCAUACCCUCAGCACAUGCCACAGCUGUGAUGGAUGACUUGUCAUCCACCAUGAAACUUGUUGGGGAAAUAAUUCGUCUCAGCUCAGCGCAAGUGUCAGGGUUUUUCACCUCGGCAGUCGUAAAUGAGCUACUGUGUGCACAGGCAGGGAGUCGUCUGCCAUAAUCAGGGGCCUUUCAUCACAGCCACGGACCAUGCUGUGGAGUUCAGAAAAAAUAUAUGGGUGUAAGCCCGACACUUCAUGCAUGGCACACAAAGUUUAAUAGCAUGACGUUUCGGACAUGGUUAUCUUCUGUUAGGCCCAGCACCUUUGUUACUGAUGUGCGCGCAUUCUCUGCCUUUUUGGAUAAAUGUUAGACUUCUCCAUUUCAUAUGUGGUAAUGUAGCACAAUAGAUGCAUCAUGCUGUGUUUUUAUUAUUGGUAAAUUUUAUUAUUAUUAUUAUUAUUAUUACAUGAUUAUUGAUACAUUACAAUCACAAUUACACAAUAUUUUCUUCAAAAAGGGGCAUUUUUGUUAGCCUGGGCGAGAGCGACUGUUGACUCCGCCAAACAGUCUGGCAAAAGCCAAGAGGAAUCAGUCUCCGUGGAGGGUGGCAGAUGGUCUGAUCUUACGCUGCCAUUUAAUUCAUUGGCGUUCCGAAUUCAAAUUAAAACCCAUAUUUUGCUUUAUUAGCAUGCCUGUUACGAUAUAGCGUUGCAAAAGCAUACAAAUAACAAAAGGAAAGUGUGAAUAAAGUUACCUUAACCAAUCGGUAACGGGCUUUGCGGGUCACCACUCUCAACUGUUUGCUCAUUGGCUAAACGCUGAGAGAACGAGCUGGAGGCUUUUGCCAGACGAUGUGCGGAGUAGUGUUGCACCGAUACCAUUUUUUGGGCCCGAUACCGAUACCCGAUACCUGGCAGUGCAGUAUCGAUACCGAUACCAUACCGAUACUGUAUAGGUCUACAUAACUGACGAAGACCGCCUGAGGUCGAAACGUUGUGUUCAAAUAAAGCGGUGAGCAGUAACAGUGUGCGGAUUUCCUUUCUUCCUUUACGCACGUUUGUUUGAUCCAGCACCUGUGUUACUGGAUGUGCGCGCAUCACCUACACUUCUUUAGGAUGGGAUUUAAACAUGGACGCCUCUUAUCCCUAAUCGAAAUCAAGUCAAGUCGGUUUUAUUGUCAAUUUCUUUACAUGCGUUGGUCAUACAAAAGAAUUGAAAUCACGUUUCUUACUUUCCCAUGCAGACAGACAUAGACUCUAGACUCUAGGUGUGGACAUAGAUAAAUCAUAGGACAUAAAUCUCCAAUCAUUAUGCCAUAGCUGCCUUUGAGUACGUUUUUUUUUUUUUUUUUCAAACCGUAGCUUCAUGAAGUUUGUGAAAUGAUGAAAUGGAUGAAGGGAUUUCCUACAUGAAACGUACUGUAAGCCCUUGGUCUCCAAAUCCGGCCUGGGCUUGCCAAGCAUUUGGCCCACCAUGAGGUCAGAAGAAAUGAAAACAUAAAUGUGUGUGAUUUUCAAUCACUAAAACUUAAGUGGGUCAUAUCUCUUCAAAGCAUUCACAGAGAGUUAGAUCUUGUGCUGACAGUCUCAUAACAGACAUUGACAAGAAGGGAAAGCGGAAAAAUGAAAAUCUGCUCUCUCUCCAGACAUCUAACUUGUUUCUCAUUGGGUUGGGGUGGUGGUAUGGCAUGCAGCCUCACUUGCUCAACAUAAUUUGGCCCUUGGACAAAAAUAAUCGUGGACCACUGCUGUAAGCUAUAUGUAGGUUACUAAGGAAGUUUAAGUACUCCACAGCAGCGUGUGGCUUAGCCUAUAUACGAGAGGAAGUUUGAUCAGAUCUCAAAAAGCAACCAGCAGCUUCUUGUUUUCUUCUUGUGAAAAAAGCCUACACUUCUCUGAUAGACAAUCUUAAACACAUUGUUAACACAUUUUUGCGUCUAGUGACCUGGACUAUUAAAAAUCAGUUCUCCAGCAAUAAAAACACACUGGUCUCAAACCCAGAUUUAAAUGGAGUAUUCGAUAAUAGUGCAAUUCGGCAUCAAACCAACUGAGUUUGGAAGCUAGGGAGUGAGAUGCAACAUGCUGUGUCAUUGAUAAAUUGCCAUCAUAAUUAUUGUUUAUUCUCAUAUAGAUACUACACAUUUGUAC